AUGCUAUUAGCUCUCGCAAUAUUUGGAAUGAACAAAAAGAAGUGGAGAGGGAUUAUGUUCAAGAUACGAGCACGACUCGUUAAUUUGAAUCGAGGCAUUUCUGCAGUCAGAAUCAGCGAAAGCAGACUAGAAACAUUUCAAGCAAGCUCAAGAGAGGAAGACUGCCCAGACAAUCUUCUCCAGGAAGAAUGCAUCGGAGAAUGCCGGAUGGAUUUUACGAAUUGCCGACUUUUAUGCGAGACAGAGUACUGUCUCUCGAUUUGCGAUAGAGAAUACAAUGACUGUUUGAAUUCGUGCCCAUGUGGAGAAAAUUGCCCAGAAGGUUGUCGAAACUGUGAUCAUCCACUUUGUCCUGAAGAAGAACCAUACUACGACGAGCCAAAACCAUUCGUGGACCUGCACAACGCGUACAUAAUAGACGGCGUCGGCUCAAAAACCGUUCAAGCAACGAUCGAUGCUACGAAGGAGCAGUUCAUGUGGGGCGUCAAAUAUGCACUGGUCAAUGACAUACUGUUUGUUUUUGGAGGAGAAGAAGCAGGAAUGGACUUUAAUCACCGAAGAAUUGCUUAUCUCGAUGGCUGCAGUUUCGUGUUUCUAAAUUCUGCUUUGACUUUGGCGGAUGGGGAUAAAGCCCUGAUUUGCUUUGAAUACACGACUCAAAAAAAGACUUGCAAUUAUUUUGAUGGAGAGCAAGUCACCAUUGCACCGAUGACUUCUUACGAGCACAAAUACGCCGGCCUUGGUCUGUACAAUGGGCAGCCAACGACUGUAGGAAGCUUUAAUUGGAAAGCGCCGUCGUAUGCGCAUGUCGAAACAUUAACUGAAUCUGGAUGGGUUUAUCUCGGAGAUCAUCCAGCCGCCCUGUACGGCCAUUCUCUUAUGGGCUUGAGUGACGGAACAGUGCUUUCAAUUGGCGGAUAUGAUGCUAUAAAAGAAACUGCUGUAACAGAUAUUUGGAGGCUCCAGAAUGAUGGUUGGACUUUGAUUGGAAAUCUUCGAAAGAAAGUGUGA